CUUUGUCACACUUUCACCCUGGCAAUUUUAUGGCUGGUGAGUGUGAACCUGUCAGUCAAACCAAGAACCAGUCGCUCUGUUCGAAAUCGCUUCCGACAGCAUGGCUCUUCGGAGUCUUGGAACCCUGCUGGCAGUUGUUGCGGCCGAGCCAUUGAUUGAAGUGGUAGAGCCCUUGAGAUCUGCACCGUUGCAUCACUUUCUAAGCUGGGAAGCAUCGCUGUUCAUGGCUGAGGCUGCUUUGCGAGAGAAUCUGGAAGUGCGGCUUCAUGACUCGAUGUCACGUUUGCGAAAGCUCCUUUUCGACUCGCAGGAGAAGGUUUGGGCUUUUGCAAGCAUUCCAGAGAUAAGGCUUCAAGUGAAUUUGAGCCGGUGGCCCAGCGGUGAAGCUUUAUUGCGUCAAGCCAUUGCACCUGAAUCUCUGCAAGACAUCGGAGCCGUGUUGACUGUCAUACAGGGGCUGUACAGGACCUUCGAGACAGACUUUACCGACAUGAAGAGCAAUCUAAGAGACUUGCAGAAAGAGAUGGAUGCUCAAGCACAUCACUUUGCCGUAAAUCUUGAAAUUGUUUUGAAACAGGCGGGAGUUUUGUUGGGCCUCCUGCGUGGGCUUCCAGGCUUCUCUGAAUGCCUCUUUCAAUCCUUGGCUGAAGCGCGUGAACGUCGACCGGCCGGUGCGCGGUAUGCUUUGGCUCUCCUUUAUUUACAAGAUAUGGCUUCUGGACGUGCCAAUCCUGGCCGUGGCUUGCUGGUGCGAGGUUCCACCUUUGCGGGUGAAGGCUUUGAUGUGAAAGGACACCUAGGCCCAAGGCUGCAGGAGUUGCUGCAACAGACAGAGCAGAUGCUGGAAGAGGUGAAGGCGAGUGAUCUCUCAAAAAAGGAGACCUUGGAUUGGUGUUCUGGAACUUCGCAACUGUGGGCCAUUGAUGGUCCGAACCCUUGUGAAGUGCUUAUUCGUGGCUUUGAAGAGUUGUCCAGUUGGGUGUCUCAAUGGCUGGAGACUGGCCAGCCACAAAAGAUUCUCCGACAAAUGCGCCGCAGGCAAUUUGCAGCGGCCCCGAAUAUCAGCCGUGUUGAAAUCCUGAGUCAGCUCUUGCUGCGCAGCGCCGAAAAGUGCCAAGUGCCCCUCAACCGUGCCCAGAGCGCACUCUCUCGCGCCCCGGAUUUGCACGGCAUCUUGAAGGUCAUUGCGGAUGAAGAGGUGGUGAAUUUGGAACACGAGCAUGAACUUCUGGCCGAGUCCGUCACCGGUCAAUUCCGCAGUCCUCCUGGCCAGCACUCACAUUCAACAGAGCUGUCCAGGCCAGGUUUGUUGGGCUUGGCGCGGCACGCGUUGAAAGUUCAGUGGAUCUUUGAAUCUGGUUUGUUGGCGGUCGCUGCUUGGGCGGAUCGUUUGAAACGUCGUGGGAAUGGCUUGCAAAAUCGCUUGGCACUCGUGAAGCAACACCUGGAAGACCUGCAUGACCGGCUGCGCGCACUCCCCAGCUUUCGCCGUUUGGCCUUCGAAGAGAUCCACGCCAAUGGCCAUUGGGGCCGUGGCCGCUCCGGGGGAGGGUCCAGUGUGGAGAUUACCGGGCCACUGGCAGAGCAUUUGCUGAAGUUCUUGGCGCAAAACCGCGUGGAAUCCAUGAUGGACAUUGGAUGUGGUUGGGGAGAGUGGAUUCCCUUUGCAUUGCAAAAGGGCGUCGAGGAAGGACACCUUUCCCCCAAGUUCCGCUACCUGGGCGGGGACAUCGCAUGGCAACCCAUCAAAUACUUGCAGAAUCUACACAACGGCAGUGUGGCACCUGUGUUAGAAUUCUCUGUCCUGGACGGAGUCCAAGAUAGCAUUCCCAAGGGUUAUGAGGUGGCGCUUGUCCGGUACGUGUUUCAGCAUUUAAACAUCAAGGAUGCGUUAAGCCUGCUUCGAAAUGUACGUUCUGCUGUGAAGUUGGUGGUCCUUUCAUCAUGGCCAGACUCCGAGAAUGAAGACUUGGAUAACUUUGGGGGUUCCUCCGCGUACGCGGCGAUGGAGCCAAGCAGCUUGAAAAGCUUCAAGAGCUACGACCUUCGGAAGGCACCUUUCAGUUUGCCUGAUCCCUUAAGCUCUUGGCCUGAACAGAAUGACGGUCGGAUCAUGUUGGCGUAUCAGACCAGCGCCCUGCUUCACUUGUGACUCAGUGAAUGCCUCAGCAAAAGCUGCGGGCUCAGGGUGCUAGAAGAAAAUUGCCUUCUUGGACGUUUGUAUUUUGGACAAUGUAUUUUUGGUAGAUGUUGGUAGUAUUGUUGGUAGCCACAAGAUGCCAACUUGUGGGAGGAUGUGAGGAUGUGGAUCAA